UUUAUAUUCGGUAUUAAUUUGCUAAAUUUUCAAUUGAAUAGAUCGUUAAGUCUACAAAAAUGUAUUAUUAUUCAAACAAUUCAAAUUAUCCUUACCUUACUGUUACAAUGUAAACAGUGUAUGUACAUAUAUACGUGUACAGCUAAACAGCUGUUUAAAGAAAUAAACGCACGGAACUAGCCAACUAAAAAUGGAAUAUCGAAACAAUGAUCCUGGAGCUGUACAAUAUGGAAACUUUAUAAACUACUAUAACUUUAAUAACGCGGCACAGCGUUUAAAAUUAUUACCACGCGAUGUGUGGGUUUGCGCUGAAACGCCCCAAACAAAUGAACCCUACUUGGUCCUCGAUAUUGGCUGUAAUGCUGGAAACCUGACUCAACUGUUGUAUACAUUUUUAAAUGAGUGUGUUGGUGUACAACAUGACCGUAAUAUACAAAUACUAGGCGUUGACAUCGAUUCCGACUUGGUGAAGCGUGCUAAAUGUGCGAAUGAAUUUCCGUCAAAUGUGAAUUACGAGCAUUUGGAUAUUAUGAAUUCGAAUGCCUCUAAUCAAAUUAACGAGCAUUUACACAAAUGGAAUCGUAGUAAAUUUGACGUGAAAGACUUUGUGGCCUAGCUGAAUUACUUGUUGUUGAACCGCAACCGUGGAAAUGCUACCAAACAGCAAUACGACGAAUGAAAAGAGCUGGCGAUGAGUUUCCUCUUUAUAAAGAACUGCAAUGGCGUUCAAAUGUAGAAG